CUAAAACCCGGAGCCCCGGAGACAAGGAUUUGGAGCGGGACAAACACUGCGCCAACCACGCCGUUCCGCUCUGCUCCUCCCGGACUAGAAGCUAGCGGGAGGGGGGAGUAGAAGCGGGCACUCUCAGUAGGCGGGACAAAGUGGUGUGUGUGUGUGUGUGUGUGUGUGUGUGUGUGUGUGUGUGUAUGUGUGUGUGUUCCUCUCUCUCUCUCUCUCUCUCUCUCUUUUUGGUUGCAAGUAGGAAGCUUUUUGCACUCCACCACCUCUGGCCGCUGGGAAGACGUCAUCGCUUCCGCCCUACUUCCUCCUCCUGUUGGCGGCGCUGAGAAUCCAAUAUGGAGUAAAUCGGUGGAGUCGCGAGAUGGGGUUCGGACGGGGCGCCCUGCACCGCCUCCUAGGCGCACCUCCCCCGGCAGCCGAGCGCUACCCGGAACCCUGAUUGGCCAGGUCCCCGGGGUCGACCCCGGCCCGGCCUCACUGCAGCCGGCCGCCCGCCCGCCGCCCCGAGCGUGCUUGUUUUUCUGCUGCUCUACUCCUCCGGGGUCCCCUUCCCAAAUCUCGCCCCUGUGCCCGUUUGGAGCCCGGGGGCCGCGCCCGGCCGGCCUGUGGCGUCCGCUGCCCGGUGCACCCCUUCCCAGACCUCGCCCUGCGCUCGGGGAGCGCCGUUUCUCCGCCUGCCUAGGCGCCCCCUUCAUCUCUAGCUCCCCCCCUCCACCACCAAAUCAGGAGAUGUCGGAGAUGUGAAGAAGGGGGGCGAGCGCACAGGAAGAUGAAGGGAGCCAGGCUGCCCGCCGCGGGACAGGCGUCUAGGUGAACAAGAAAAUGACCGAAGAAACACACCCGGACGAUGACAGCUAUAUUGUGCGUGUCAAGGCUGUGGUUAUGACCAGAGAUGACUCCAGCGGGGGAUGGUUCCCACAGGAAGGAGGCGGGAUCAGUCGCGUUGGGGUGUGUAAGGUGAUGCACCCCGAAGGCAAUGGACGAAGCGGCUUUCUCAUCCAUGGUGAACGACAGAAAGACAAACUGGUGGUACUGGAAUGCUAUGUCAGAAAGGACUUGGUCUACACCAAAGCCAAUCCGACGUUUCAUCAUUGGAAAGUUGACAAUAGGAAGUUUGGUCUUACUUUCCAAAGCCCUGCGGAUGCACGAGCCUUUGACAGGGGCGUGAGAAAAGCCAUUGAAGACCUUAUAGAAGGCUCCACCACCUCAUCUUCCACUAUUCACAACGAGGCCGAGCUGGGAGACGAUGACGUUUUUACAACAGCCACAGACAGUUCUUCUAAUUCCUCACAGAAGAGGGAGCAGCAUACAAGAACAGUCUCCUCCCCCACGUCCUGUGAGCACCGGAGGAUUUAUACCCUUGACCCAUACCCUGUGGACCAUUACCACCCCGACCAGCGGCUGCCGAGGUCCUACCCCCAGGUCACCUUCCCGGAGGACGAUGAGGAGAUUGUGCGCAUCAAUCCUAGAGAGAGGAUCUGGAUGACCAGCGGCUAUGAGGAUUACCGGCAUGCGCCUGUGCGCAACAAAUUCCUGGAUACCGCGGAGGACGCGGACUCCUAUGUGCGCUUUGCCAAGGGCGAGGUGUCCAAACACGACUACAAUUACCCCUAUGUGGACUCCACAGACUUUGGCUUCGGCGAGGAUCCUAAAGGCCGUGGUAGCAGCGUUAUCAAGACGCAGCCAGCCAGGGGCAAGUCCCGGCGGCGCAAGGAGGAUGGCGAGCGCUCCCGCUGUGUGUAUUGCAGGGACAUGUUCAACCACGAGGAGAACCGGAGGGGCCACUGCCAGGAUGCCCCCGAUGCCGUGAGAACUUGUAUCCGCCGCGUGAGCUGUAUGUGGUGCGCAGACAGCAUGCUCUACCACUGUAUGUCGGACCCCGAGGGAGACUACACGGACCCUUGCUCGUGCGACACUAGCGACGAGAACUUUUGCCUCCGGUGGUUGGCAUUAAUCGCCUUGUCCUUCCUGGCCCCCUGUAUGUGCUGUUACCUUCCCCUUCGGGCCUGUUAUCACUGUGGAGUGAUGUGCAGGUGCUGCGGCGGGAAGCACAAAGCCGCUGUGUGACUCGGUUUCCUGCUCUCCCCGUCUCACGGCCACAGCCACAGGGAACUUGUCUCUUGCAUACCCCACCCCACAUCUUCUCCCCAGGCUUUCCUGGUCUCUAACAACAUCAUUCCAAACCUGGGGAAUCUACCACUCCUGUGUCAGCCACAUAACCCAUUCGUUCGCUCGCAAUGUUCUGAGAAGGGGAGCCUUCUCAUAGACUUGUGUUAUGUUAUCAGCCUGUGAUCGCGCCGUCUUAUCCACGUGUUGAUUUCCUGUCCUGCCUCCCCACCUCUUCCAGUUCUAAGGAACGUUCAGUAGAAACGUAGAUUCGGAGGGGUUUAGAGUUGAUUUUUCCUCUGUGAUCCGGUUUGCCUGUCGCUAACAAGCACAGGUUCGUCGGAGAUGUGACCGAAUGGUGAGACCCUACCGUAAGUGUUGUAACCUGCAGUGUGUUGUAACUUCGGGAGGUGAGCAGAAAAACUAAACAAUAAUAGGGCUUUAACUCCGAAAGCCAAAUGCCCGCAGCUACUGCGGUUUCUGUCUUUUCAACCAUCAGUUUCUGUCUUUCGACCAUCGUCAUCUUCUGCCCCUCCCCCACCUGUUGAAUUCAUUCACUCAUGCAAAGCAGUUACCUUUAAAAUGACUUGAGAAUUGAGCCUUAACUUCAGAUUAACUUGUGAGAAUCAGGAAAAAAUUCCUCAAAUUGCAUUGCAUCCUCUUAGACCAGGGUUAGAAAGGGGAUUUUGGGUUUUUAUGAGCCUGCCCAGUUUACCCCUAAAAUAGAACUUUUUUUUAAAAUUAUAUUACCACUUCUAAAAACCUUAGCAAUAUUAGAAUAACACAUCAAUGAAAUAAAUUUUCCUCAUUGUUUCGCAAACCAAAUACAUUUAUUCAAACACAAACCAGUGUUCUGUGAUCAAGUUCCAGUUGAAAAACACUAGAAGUUGUGGUAGAUAAAAUUAUAGCCACUCCCCGCCCUCUGCAACUGUUUUCUAUUAUUCAGGGGGAACUUUAAGUACCAUAAAAUUUGUGGUGCCUUGCGUUUUGUUUUAGGCUUAACGUUUUGGUUUUAAUUUGGGGCUCGAUUCAUUUAUACUUAGGAAAAAACAAGGCCAUAUGUAAAAACCCUU